AUGGGCGAGUCGAGAUUUCCCUCGGUGGAACAUAGAGCAGAGUCCUGGAUGAUCAGUGGGACACGAAUGAUGCCAUUGUGGUGUGCAGGCAGCUCCAGUGUGGAGCUGCUGAGAAAGCCUAUCACCCUGCAAAGAAGCAGGAGGAUCAGACUGGUGAAUGGGGCAGUUCGCUGUGCUGGGAGAGUGGAGGUUUAUUACCAGGGCAUCUGGGGGACUGUCUGUGAUGAUUCCUGGGACUUGUCUGAUGCCAGCGUAGUUUGCAAACAACUGAGAUGUGGACAUGCCAUUGUGGCAUCUGCCUCUGCUCACUAUGGGGAAGGCUCAGGGCAGAUCUGGCUGGAUGAUGUGAAAUGCGCUGGGAAUGAGUCGGAGCUGUGGGCAUGUCCUUCCAGGAGCUGGGGCCAGCACAACUGCCAACACAAAGAGGAUGCAGGCGUGCUCUGUUCAGAGUUCAUGAAUCUGAGGCUGGUGAAUGGUGGUGACUGUGCUGGACGGUUGGAGGUUUUCUACAAUGGGACCUGGGAGAGUGUUUGCUCCAAUCGAAUGACUGAUAUCACCAUUGAAAUUAUAUGCAAGCAGCUCAGCUGUGGAGUUGGAGGGGCAUUUGCAAGUGACUUUGCCUAUGGAGAAGGUUCUGGUCCCACAUGGCUGGACCACAUUGAGUGUCAUCAUGAGCAUCACAGUUCCCUUUGGCAGUGCCCAUCAGAGCCGUGGGAUCUUCAGUCAUGUGAUACCCGGAUAGAAGAGACCCACAUUACUUGUAGUGACAAGGAAAAGCUCCGUGUUGUGGGAGGAGAGGAUGGAUGCUCAGGGAGAGUGGAGGUUUGGCACCGCGGCUCCUGGGGAACGGUGUGUGAUGACUCCUGGGACAUGGCAGAUGCAGAUGUCGUGUGUAAACAACUGGGCUGUGGACCUGCUGUGUCUGCCCUGGGCAAAGCGGCAUUCGGGAAGGGGACUGGCCCCAUCUGGCUAGAGAAGUUGGACUGUCAAGGGACAGAGUCAUCUCUGUGGCAUUGUCCUGCCAAGCGCUGGGAUGACAGUAACUGCCACCAUAAAGAAGAUGCUGCUGUGAAUUGCUCAGAUGCGAUAGGAAUGACAUCUUCACCUAAGGGAACAGGAUCCAUAAAAUUCAUGAAGCCCUUUUCUGAAGCUCUGUAUGAAGAGAUUAACUAUAGCCCAGUGAAGGAGAAGCAGGAAUUCUCUGUUCAUUCAGAUUUUCCUAUCACAUCUGGAGAUUCCACAGGAAAUGAUUAUGAUGAUGCCAAAGAAGUUCAUGACCUUCAAGUUCUUGCAUCUAGGCAGAAUAAAGAAGAAACCACUUGGAUCCCCAACAAAAGUGUGAGAAGCCAGGAUUCACAGGAAGGUGAGGCUUCUGUACUGCCCAGAGAUGCCACCAGUGAUGGUUAUGAUGAUGCUGGAGAAAUUUCUGAUCCAAAACACAGUUCUGCUUUUCACCAGAAUGAUGAGAAAGUCAGUGAAUCCCCAGAGAAAAGUGAUGGGACAAGGGAUUCACAGACAGGUUGGAGUUCGUACUCCCUAGAAAGUGAAGGGACGACUAGAACGGACAGAAAAGACCCAUCCCUGUGUUCUGGAGACAUAGAAUGUGAUGAUGUUGAAGAUGGCGUUGGUGGGACAUUGAUAUAA